AUGUUGACAUCCCUUUUAACCCCAAAACAACGUAUUGUUUCGAUUCCGAGUCCUUUCGAUAUCUCGUGGCUUCGUUCCGCAAAGGAAUGUCAGCGUUUAUUCAAUUACAUAAAACAACUGCCGGCACACAAAGUGAUGGACACCCUAUCCCUCAAUAACGCCAAACAAAUCAUAUCACUAUUAACUGAGCCGUUGGCCGACAUCGCGAAGAAUAUCGCGGAUAACGUAAACGAAUGCAAAACACAUAGACUUGCGAUCAAAGAGUUCUCGGGAACUAUUGAUGAGUUGGAGAAACAACUAUACAUACCAUCGGUUGAGAUAAUAACCGAAUCGUUAGAUCGACCCAAGACUGUAUGCAGUGAUGGCGAGUGUUGCGAACGCAUCAAGGUUAACGGCAUAACCGAGAUCAUUUACACGGGCGAAUGCCAUUCACCAUGUUACCUUCAUUUUAACCAUAGUAACUUCUUGGGCAAUAUACGGCUACUACAAUGCAAAGCGUUUAACAAGCAGAGUGGCCGCGAUCGUGACCCUGGUCAGGCUAAACAAUCGUGGUUUGCGAGAACUAUAUCGGCGCCGGUAGGCCUAAUACGAGCGGCGAAUACCGUGUGCCACGAGUGCGGCCAUAGUUACGAAAAGCACCGGCACCUGCUGUAUGAAACGCGUGCCAAACUAAGCAAGGUGCACAAUAAGGAGUUGGACUCGCGGCUCGAGUCGGCCCGCAAUGAGGCGGCCAUUAAAGAGCGCCAAAUCCAGUGUCUGAACGAACGGAUUGUUGAAAUGGAGACCGAAAACGAGACAAUCCUAAAGUCGAUGUCAAUGUUUGCCCGCUUUCUGGCCGACAACGCGUUGACGCCCGUAAACGACGCGUUCAAAGAUUACGUACAAUUCAUGAUCGAAACGGUGCGAUACGGACCGCCCGACGGCGCCCAUACCGGGGCCGCAGUCGAACGACUCGAGUGUAUAUUACGUGAAUACAAUGAGGAGAAGGCGUUGAUUGAGGAGUCGGCCAAACGCGGGGCCGAAGGUGUCAUUACUGCCGGUGAUAUUGAUAAAUGCGUUGACAAAUUGUGUGGGCUUAAGCAUAAGGGGACACAAAUUGCCCAAAUGUUGGCCCAACAGCGACGCAGCAAGGUCAAAAAUCAUGAUAGACAAAAUAAUCUGGUUUAUAGCCCACAAACUAACACCAGACUCGGUGUGUCCAAAAUGUUUUGCGAUAAAAUGUCUAAUUGA